AUGGCUUUCAGAGUUCCUCGUGUGCUGCAAAUCUUCCGGCAAGCGAAGCUCUUUGCUACCUCAAAAUCUGCUGAUGUUCCAAAGGGAUACUUUGCAGUGUACGUUGGAGUGAGCCAAAAGAAGAGACAUGUCGUUCCGAUAUCGUUCUUGACCCAACCAUCGUUUCAAGACCUACUAAGAAAGGCAGAGGAUGAAUUUGGGUUUGAUCACCCAAAGGGUAGACUAACAAUCCCCUGCAGUGAAGACACAUUUGCUCAUCUCACCUCUUCUCUAUGA